AUGUUCCAAGGAAAGAGGUAUCAACCAAAUACAAAAUUUGAAUUCAUAAACUAUGAACAAUCAUCAUCACAAUCUUUUAAAAAUGGGAAAAAAACUAAAUCUCAAAUACCAUAUACAAUGAAAUUCCAAUUAGAUGGUAUUAAACCAAGAUCUCAAACCUCAAUAAUUCAUAAUGAUACUCAACAGAAUAAAUAUGUACCAUUAGAACAACAACAUACUUUCAUUUCUGGAAGGAAUCAUCCAAAAAAUUCAAGAAAAGCUUCAUAUACAAUAUCAACAAAUAAUCAAAAACAAACAUUAUUAAACUUGAUGUUAGGAAAAUCAUUAUUUUCUGCAAAAUCUAAACUAGAUACUUGGUCUGAAAUUAUUAAAGACUAUAAUGAAUUAUAUAAUUUGGAUAAUAAAGAAGGUUUAACUGUACAACAUGCAAGAGUUAAAUAUAAUCAAAUAUUAUCAAUUGCAAAAGGGAAACAAUUAAAUGGUGGGGAUUUAACAAAUUAUGAGAUAUUAGCAUUGAAAUAUGAUGAUUCUAAAACAAAUUUCAAAUAUAAUUAUAAUAAAGAUGUUAAAUUAGAUUCAAAAUAUGAGAAUAAAACCCCUAAAUUUACAAAAAUUUAUGAAAUUAUAAUUGAAUUAGAAACAAAAAUUAAUAAUUUAUCAAAUCAAAUAGUAAACUUGGGAAUUAAUUCAAAAUAUAAAUAUGAAUUAUGGCUCUUCCAAAAAAGAAUCUCAGAUUUGAAAAAAAUUGAAGAACAAUAUCAAAUCUUAGAACAAGUUGAUUAUAAUACUGAUGGGAAACAAAUUAAAGUUUCAAAAGAGAUGAAGAAUGAAAUUAGUGGGAAAUUAGAAAUUUUACAAAAUGAUUUUGAUGAAUUAAAUAUUAAAAUUGAAAAAGAUUUGAAAAAUGGGUUAGGUGAUAAAAAUGAUUCUGUUGUUGAUACUGAGUUAUUAGAUAAAAAGUGA